AUGUUCGCUGCCUCUGCGCGAAGCCGUCUCUCUACCCUGUCAAGGCCCCGGCUCCCUCCGACACAACUACUUUCACGCUCGGCACCCACUAUGGCUCCCCGAAGAAAGGCUUCGUCUGUCCCUGAGGCGCUAACAGAAGUGUGCAGGCUACGUGGAGGAUCUCUCGAAGGGAAAGAUGCUUCGUUUCGAAGACUCUUUGCCCGUCUCCCCGUUCCUGACCUGAAGGAGACCGGCGCCCGCUACUUGAAGUCCGUCCACGCCGUUGUUUCGGAGAGCGAGUACCAAAACACCAAGACGGCUGUCGAGGACUUCGUUCGCCCCGGUGGUCCCGGCGAGAUCCUGCAGAAGAGACUGCAGGAGCGCGCUGCCAACCCCAAGAUCAAGAACUGGAUUUCCGAAUGGUGGAACAGGGAUGCCUACCUCGCCUACCGUGACCCUGUCAUCCCUUACGUCUCCUAUUUCUACUCUUACAAGGAUGACCGUGAGCGCCGUAACCCCGCGAAGCGUGCCGCUGCUAUCACCACCGCCGCGCUCGAGUUCAAGAAGCAGGUUGAUGAGGGCUCUCUGGAGCCAGAGUACAUGCGUGGCCUGCCCAUGGCCAUGAGCUCCUACCAGUACAUGUUCAACUGCUGCCGUAUCCCCGCCGACGGUGAGGACUUCCCCCGCAAGUACGCUGCCGCAGAGAACCAGCACAUUGUCGUUGUGCGCAAGAACCAAUUCUUCAAGGUUCCUCUGGUCGUCAAGGGCAAGGCGCUCAACGUGUCCGAGCUCGAGCAGCAGUUCCAGCGCAUCUACGAUAUUGCCCAGCCCGCCCCGCCGGUCGGUGUGCUGACUGUGGCUGACCGUGACCACUGGACGGCCGCCCGCAAGAAGCUCAUUGCCGCCGACUCCGCCAACGAGCAGGCGCUCACUGAUAUCGAGUCUGCCGGCUUUGUGGUCUGCCUCGACGACGCCAAGCCCGUCACUCUGGAAGAGCGCGCUCACCAGUACUGGCACGGUGAUGGCUCCAACCGAUGGUUUGACAAGCCCUUGCAGUUUAUCAUCAAUGACAACGGCACUGCCGGAUUCAUGGGCGAGCACAGCAUGAUGGACGGAACUCCCACCCACCGUCUCAACGACCAUGUCAACAACCUGAUUUUCAACAAAAAGAUCGACCUCUCCGCACAAGCUGUGCGUUCCGAGCUCGCAGACCCCAAGCCCAUCACCUUCCACCUGAAUGACGAGACCAACGAGGCCAUCGACAUCGCCGCCCAGUUCCACCGCAAGCAGAUCGCCUCGCACGAGCUGGUCGUGCAAGCCUACCAGGGCUACGGCAAGGGUCUGAUCAAGAAGUUCAAGUGCAGCCCGGACGCUUACGUCCAAAUGGUCAUUCAGCUCGCCUACUACAAGAUGUACGGCAAGAACCGUCCCACCUACGAGUCCGCGACCACCCGUAAAUUCCAAGAGGGCCGUACUGAGACCACCCGUUCCGUCUCCGACGAGAGCGUCGCUUUCACCAAGGCCUUCCACGAUCCCAGCGUCUCCCGCGAGGAGGUCGUGAAGCUUUUCCGUGCUGCUCUGGCCCAGCACACCAAGUACACUCUCGAUGCUAGUGAUGCCCGUGGUGUUGACCGCCACCUCUACGGUCUGAAGAAGCUCAUCCAGCCUGGCGAGAAGCUGCCCGCUCUCUACGAGGACCCUGCCUCGGAGUACUUCAACGGCUACGGAUGGAGUCAAGUCAUCGACGAUGGAUUCGGUGUUGCCUACAUGAUUAACGAAAACAGUCUCAACUUCAACAUCGUUUGCAAGCGCCUGGGCGCCCACCGCUUCAGCUACUUCCUGAACGAGGCCGCCUCUGAGCUGCGUGACGUGCUUAUGCCCGAUCUGCUCGCCCAGGCCGAGAAGGCCAAGCUGUAG